CACUGGGUUGUUGCUGUUUUGUUAUCACAGACACCCUAAAUUACCUUCUAGAUGCGCCACUGCUCCCAGUUUAGCUCGUGGCCGGUCACUGCGCAUGCGUAAAGCCCGGUGUCCGGUGUCAGGCUGUCAGCAGCUGUUGAGUCCAUGAACGGCAAGACCGAGACAGCGAAUUAAACACACCCAAAUAAAGCGUGCGGACCAGGUUCUGGACCGGCUCAGAGACGAACAGGUCGGGGCGGAUUCAGCAGGACCAGCUGGUGAUCUGCAGCUGGAGCUAACAGGCUAACUGACAGCGGACCGACAGCUCUUAUCUAACGGGCUAACGGACAGGCCAGCGGCUCGUGGUAACCACGCUGCACCGUGCGGAUCCACCUCGACCCGAUCUAAUUUUUGGACUUUCGGAACCUCCUGCAGCCGCAUUGUUUACGCAGUCCAGCGGCUGUUUUUUUUGUGAAGCUCGACCGGGUCGAGGACGCUCGAGAGCCGUCAGAGCACGUCAGCCCGGACGGGAUAGACGCUCUCUGACCGGUUCGGAUUGGGGACCGGGAGCCGAGAUGCUGAUAGCAGCAGUCGGUGCCGGAUCCGGAAACCCUGCCGGCACGGGCAAGAAACACCGCCGCAGAGGCAAGAAACACCGGAGAAUCCGAGCCGAAGAGAACCGGUCUGAUGACCUCUGUAACCUUCAGACUCUGGAUGCUGACAGCAGGGUACCCACAGCACUCCCACAGACUGCUCUGUCACCCCAUGAAAGCACUCCAGACACAACCACGCCGCAUGGAAACGCGUUAGCAUGUCCAGAAGAUCCCAGAAGCACUCCAGACACAACCACACUACAUGAAAACAUGUCAGUAUCUCCAGAAGAUCCCAGAAGCACUCCAGACACAACCACACUACACGAAAACAUGUCAGUAUCUCCAGAAGAUCCCAGAAGCACUCCAGACACAACCACACUACACGAAAACAUGUCAGUAUCUCCAGAAGAUCCCAGAAGCACUCCAGAAGUAACCAUACUGCACAAAAGCGCAUCAAAAUCUCCAGAAUAUCCCAGAAGCGCUUCAGACACAACCACACUACACGAAAACAUGUCAACAUCUCCAGAUGAUCCUAGAAGCACUCCAGAAGUAACCACGCCACAUGAAAACACCUCAGCAUGCUCAGAAGAUCCCUAUGAAACCACCACGGCACCCCACCAAGAACCUCCACAGGAGCCCAUACGAACACCCCCGUUAACCACUGAAAUCACAGCGCUGAAUGCUCCCCGUACGCCGUCACCACCUCCCCUCCAGAUCUCAUCACCAUUUCUAGGCACAAUAAUUUCCCCCGAGGAACCCCUGGUACCUCCUCAAACUGCCCUCAGCAGCUAUAAGUUUUGCAACCGGUCACCUCCUGCAGCUUCUCCAUAUUCUCCUCACAGUCCCAGCCAACCACUGCCAACUGUUACUCAGAGUAAUAAUACCCAGGAUUCCUCCAGAUCGCCUCACAGAACUCUUCAGUCCGUCACAGCAGACGGUCAAACAGAGCUCUACAAAUCGCCUCCUACCUCACCGCACACGGUUACCCACAAUGCCUCUAAGUCCCCGUCAGUGUCUGCUACGCAUCCUGCCAAAGCUCCUCCCACUCCUCCAUUAAGCCCCUCCCAACCCGAUCCAUACCUGCUUACCUCAGUGACCUUUACGUCCAGUGUCUCCUCCCACCUGUACUCCCCCCUCUGCUCCUUCUCCCCCUCCUUCAUGCGCUCUCUCGACUCUCUGGGACCUCCCAUUAGCCUUCCUCCCAUGAUGCCAACGGCAACCCAUCAACUGACCUCACCUCCUCCAGCUAUGACCCCGCCCCCUCCAGAGUUAACCCCACCCCCAGCCCAGCUGCUGGGCUCUGAUGAUGAGGAGCAGGAGGACCCGUCUGAUUACUGUAAAGGUGGAUACUACCCUGUGGAUAUUGGCGAUCUGUUUAACGGGAGGUACCACGUGGUCAGGAAACUAGGCUGGGGACACUUUUCCACCGUCUGGCUCUGCUGGGAUCUGCAGAAGAAGCGUUUUGUGGCGCUGAAAGUGGUGAAGAGCGCUCCUCAUUACACUGAGACGGCUCUGGACGAGAUCAAACUGCUGCGAUGCGUGAGAGACAGCGACCCCUCUGACCCCUACAGAGAAACCAUCGUCCAGCUCAUUGAUGACUUCAAGAUCUCUGGAGUCAAUGGAGUGCAUGUCUGUAUGGUUCUGGAAGUUUUGGGCCACCAGCUCUUAAAGUGGAUCAUCAAGUCAAACUACAUGGGACUUCCUCUGGCCUGUGUCAAGGCCAUCAUCAGACAGGUGCUGCAGGGUCUGGAUUACCUCCACACCAAGUGUAAGAUCAUCCACACUGACAUCAAACCAGAGAACAUCCUGCUGGAGGUUGAUGAGGUUUACGUCAGGAGAUUGGCAGCUGAAGCUACUAUCUGGCAGAGAGCUGGAGCCCCACCCCCUUCUGGAUCAUCAGUUAGCACGGCUCCCAGGGAUCUAGAGAUCGGAAAACUUUCUAAAAACAAGAAGAAGAAGUUGAAAAGAAAAGCAAAGCGACAGCAGAAGUUGUUAGAGGAGAGACUGUUUGAUAUACAGAGGAUGGAGGAAGACGAUGGUGUGCUGCAGGCUGAGGAUGCAGACAGUAUCGGCUCUCUGGUUGUCAAUGGCAACACGUCCUGCUCUAUAGCCAAUAGCAAAACCAGCCCAGAGUCCAACUGCUCUUGGUUUGAGGAUGGGUGUAACGGCCACGCCCCCGGACGGUUCUCAAGUCCCGCUUCUGGCCUAUCAGGGUUCUCCAGCUCAGUGAUGUCAGCAACGUCUGAAUCGGCACUUUCUACUCAGUCCGGAUACUCGAGUGGACGAGAAGGUUGGACACGCUCACACAAUGAAUCAUUGAUUUUGGUGUUUCAGGCGUUUGAGCUGGCAACAGGAGAUUACCUGUUUGAGCCCCAUUCAGGAGAAGACUACACCAGAGAUGAAGAUCACAUCGCUCACAUCAUCGAGCUGCUGGGGCCGAUUCCUUUGCCCUUCGCUUUGUCUGGCAGGUACUCCAGAGAGUACUUCAGCAGGAGAGGUGACCUGCGUCACAUCUCCAACCUGAAGCCGUGGGGUCUGUUCGAGGUUCUGCUGGAGAAGUACGAGUGGCCACUGGACCAGGCGGCUCAGUUUAGUGACUUCCUGCUGACCAUGUUGGAGCUGCAGCCUGAGCGGAGGGCGACGGCGGCGGAGUGCCUGCAGCACCCGUGGCUGCAGACAUAGAUGCGCACGCAGCCUCAGGGGCUGCACGCAGAGACAGUCGGCGGUCGGGGAGGGUUGGAAGCGUCUGUUGAGUUCACAUAAUGUGGGAAAUUGUUAUCUUGAUCAUGUGUCUGCGCUGAUUCCUGAAGUAACUGGAUGAUUGAUUGAUUGGCUGAGGCUGGAUCCAAACUGAAUCGGAGUCCUCACGUCUCAUAUGUGAGUAUUUUAAUAUGUUCAGUAUAAUUUCUGAUAGAAAACUCCAGUUCUUCCAAGUUUCUCUUUUUUCUACAUCGAACUUAAACCUGCGUCUCCUGCUGACUUGUUGUGGGACGUCCUGUGCUUAAAUAAGAGUCAGGUGGACUUAAGUCCGAACAGGUGAUGCAGCAGUAAACACAGCCUGUUUCUAAAGACCAGUUUAACCAACAUGCAGUCUUUAUUGAUGUGUCCACUGAAGCGAAAUAAGCUGUACUCUUCCUCCUUUGAUCUUCCUGUGUUGAUUAAGUUUGACUGUGCGGAGGUGAGUUUUUUGCCCUCCCCGAGGUCAAACGUCAGCGAUCAGGGCCGUCCUGCUCCUAACUUUUAUCAGCCGCUCGCAGACGUUUUUAUCUCUUUAUGCACACCUCACAAAAGUCUGCAUUUUUGCAGGCUUUGCUUGAGGAUAUUAGCGUAGUGUUGUGACGUUAAAUAUAGUUUUAGUGUUAAUAAGCAUGGGAAAUGACGUUUAGUGUGUUGGUUUGCGGCAGAAGGAAAUGCAGAACUGAAUCAGAGCACAUCAAAGUUCCUUAUAUUAAGAAUUUUUAAAAAAUGUACAUUUUAAUAUUUAUUAGUUACGUUUCAUUCACUGUAAGCGAACGACACCAGUGAAUGCCAGUGAAGUGUGUGAGGGCGUUUGAUGAGCGAGAGGAUUUUGUUUUGUGUGUUUGCUGCGUUGGCACCUUUGUGUCGACUUUACUCCAGAGUUUGGAUCUGUUAUUAGUCACAAAAUGACGGGAAAAUUAAAGCUGGGCUCGUGUCCUAAUCUGCUUCAUCCUUGUCUGUCACUUUCAGUAAAGCAAGGAUAUCUCUGCUCGGAACCUUUUGCCAUUGCUGUUCUUCCUCCCGCAGUUUUCUAUAAGCAAUCCACUGCUUUCAGCCUUUUCUUUUUUUU